AUGGAUCGGAUUAGUGUUAGGGACUAAAAGGGUCAAGAAAAAAGACGUUCGGGGCUCAAAUGUUAAAAGAUUCUUUUUAGACUAAAAGCGUAAAAGUGAUAUAAAGACAGGGGCCAAAAUCGUAAUUUACUAAAAAUAAAAACUUCUAUAUAAAUUCAAUUCACUUGCUUCAGAUUAGGUUGCGUACAUCUCGUACUUCAAUAAAAAACUUUUUGAACAAUAAAAAAAUCUUUCAUUCUAAUGAGUGCUAAUCAGAGACCGCGGCUGACUCCGUCAGCUAGCGGGGGAUCCGGUUCUUCACAAGAACCGGAUUUUGUGAACGAAAGAGUGCUAUUGUUAGUAAUGGAGUCAAUAAAAUGGGACGUGAGAGUCCUCUGUGUGACGGCGUCAGUCUGCCGUAGGCUUCGGGCGAUGGCGAAGCGGUUAUUAUGGCGGGAGCUUUGUUUAUUCCGUGCGCCGAGGAUAACGGAGUCGUUAUCUAACGGCGUACAUAGCAGCCGGAUGUCUGGCGGGUGGCAAGCGUUGGCUAAAUUGUUGUUUUUCUGUGGUGGGUGUAAUUCGAGCCGGCAUUUUGUUAUGCCCCGGUCUAAACCGGGGCAUUUUGUGACGGAAUCCCGGUUUUCGAAAACGUCCGGUCGGAGUUUUUUGAUGAAACGGUGUCGUAACGAUUUGUUGUUUGUGAGUGAUCCGUGUGAACACCGGUUUGGAGACAGAGAGGAUGACUUGGGGGUUUUUCGAGGGGUAUUUCGGGGAUUUCGUGAGUCGAUGACACGUGCGUGUUUGAUAGCGAGACAAGUGGCGUUAGAAGAGAAUGAGAGGUGUCCGUACUGUGGUGCACGUGUUUGGAGCAUGACUACAGCCGGCUUGGUUCCGAGAAACGCGGCUAAGCGGCUCGGUUCGUAUGACGGCGCACUCGAGUAUUUUGUGUGUGUGAAUGGGCAUCUGCAUGGCACGUGCUGGUUGGCUCCGUUGUCGUCUGAUGAAGGAACCAACGGCCAGGAUGAAGGGUAUGAAUUGAACGGUAGUGAGGGGACUGGAAAUAGUUCUGGUGAUGAUCCGACGGUCACAAAUGGGUUCCAUGAUGAUGGUUUUAGUGGUCGUCGCACCUGAUUAGAAUUUCUAUGGGGAAUGACUUUUUUUCCAGAGCAGAUAUUUAUUAUUCCAGACCUCUAGUAUGUUGAUGUAAAGGUGAAUCUUUGGUUUUAGCCAUUAUGCCUCUGGAAAAGAAAGGUUUCUGAGCGUGGGUGUGUUGCUAUGAAGUGAAGACCAGGGUUAGUUAUUCCCUUUGUGGCAUUUGACUAUUUUGCUUAUUCCAUUUGUACCAUUUGACUUCCAUUAUGGAUCCAAUAUU